UUCUGAGUCACAGCCAUCGGUUGAAGUUCCUGUGGUGUUCGAAUCAGUUUUACUGGACGAAACGAAGACGGAUGAGCAGAAAAGCGCCGUGGAGACAAAAAAGAAAGUAAUAAAAGAAAUUGUGAAAUUAUUGAAAGCAAGCGUCCAGCAGCUAUUAGCAAUGGUGGAAUUCAUGGAAAGAAAAGGCGACCCAUCUAAGUGGUUCAGUUCAAAUCGAGUGAAACUAUGGGCCACUUUAACUGUCAUGUUGAACGACAUACCUGGUUAUAAUAAACACAUGGAGCAGUGGGAACAGGUAUGGCAUACUUGGAAGGACCAUACGAAGCAAAAAUUGCAAACUACCGACAAGGCAAGUUUGACUUCGCUCGAGCAGAGAUUGUUAAAAAUAACUGGCCACACAGAGGAACUAAUUAACAAAGACCAAUCGGUGACUGAAGAACGGAAAGUUUGUGAGACUAUACCUACGGAGAAACCACAACCUACGAAUCUCGUCAGAGUGGGAUUCUUGAAUUCUUUUGAACUCUCUGAUGAAGAAGUUACGGAGGGAAAUGGCACGAAAGAAAGAGAAACAAAAAAGAUGGGCCAUGAAUUGAGAUCGCGAUCGAGCGUGGAACAGCUUGGCGUAAUGUUGAAGUACUUCGAAAGACACGGCGAGCCAAACAACUGGCACAAGCAAGACCCGCUUCUGUCUCUGCCUGAAGGGCGCGUGAGGGCUGAGCGGAUGUGGACGGAACUCAGCGCGACGCUCAAUGGCGUUCCCGGCGAGCGUAAACCCGCCGACAAAUGGAAAAAGGUCUGGGUUGAUUGGAAGUGUAAGACCAAGAAGAAAAUGCUAACAGAAGGCAUGGACAGCUUGAGUGCGUAUGGAAGACGGGUCAUGGCCAUCGCGGGACACUCGGGCAAGCCCGCUGCUAAUAAUGAAGAUGGAGGACCAGCUAGUCAAAAUGCCUCACAAUCAGCAUCGUUAUCUAACACUUUGGGCUUCCACCUAGAAUUUGAGGUUUCGGACGAAGAAAUGGCUGAGAGAACUGAUAGAACUGACAGAACUGAAAGAACUCCAGCUAUCUACAAACACAUAGAAAUUGAGAAUAAAGUGCGAUCCAGCUACCAACAGUUUGCAGCCAUGCUGGAGUAUAUGGAAAGACACGGUGACCUAGUAUAUUGGAACAUGUUGAAACGUGAGGCCAUGUGGGCAGAGCUGACUACCAUUCUGAACUCUCUGCCUGGAUUCACUAAGACUGAGGAGAAAUGGAAGAAGGUGUGGGCGGAUUGGAAGUGUAAAACCAAGAGGAAAGUCAUGAAGUCAGGGUUAGAGAAACUGACUGAUGCUGAGAAACGGGUGUUGACCGUCAUUGGGCGCGGCAGCCGGUGCGACGACAGCGACAGCGAUGCACCCAACACUUCAGAACCCAAAGGCGUGUACCUGGAACUGAAUUCGAAUUCAUCAGACGAAGAAACGGCGAAAGAAAAUAAUCUCAGUAAAAUUGAAAGGGAAUUGAAGAAAUAUGGACAAGAAGUUCGAGCAAAGGCCAAUGCACCCCAACAUUUGAUGCUACUGGAAUAUAUGGAAAAACACGGUCACCCUUCGGUCUGGUGCAAAGACGAUGGCCAAGCAGACCAGUUGUGGGCGGAGUUAGCGGAGAAGUUGAACGCUGUGCCCGGGGGUGUUGAAAAGACUGUGGAGAAAUGGAAGAAGGCGUGGGCAGACUGGAAGUCUAAAACCAAGAAGAAACUUCGCACCCUCGGGCCGAACCACCUGUCCGAAUAUGAGGUGCGAGUGCUGACGUUUGCCGGACGGCAGUGGCCGGGGCACAAACUGGGCGCCGUGCGGCUGGACGAGGAUGGAAACGAGAUUGCACCGCAAGAGUCACAAUCGGACGUGGUUACUACUGAGCUUUACAUGGAGCUCUCUGAGGAAGAAAUGGAGUCCGAGGAAGACAGCGACAGUUCUGACGACGACAGCCCAAAUUAUAAUGAAAGGGGAAAAACAAGGAGACCGAAAUACACAAGGACCACCGUGCAACAACACACUGAGAUGCUCAAAUUUUUUGGGACUCACGGUCAUCCCAACUACUGGGCAAGCUUAGAGCGUGGGCAAGGCGACCAGCUGUGGGCAGAACUAGCAGAAACCUUGAACAACUGCCGCGGAGGCAGCAAGCAUGUGGAGAAGUGGAAACGGGUGUGGACAGACUGGAAAAGCAAGACGAGGAAGAAAGUGGCCGCCAUCCGCCGCCGCGGGAAGAAGGCUGGCGUGUCUCUCACAGCGUUGCAGAAGAGAGUCCACCACAUCAUGAACUUGAAGAGCGACGAGCCUUACGUGCACGUCGAGGUUAACGAGUUCGAUGAAAGCAGUCAGUCUUCGAAUGCUGGGCAGGAUGAAGACGAGUUGGGGAAUCUGUCUGAAGCGGCAGAAGCGAUGGAAGUGGACUCUGAAGUCAUCAUAAGCGAAGGUCAAACAGAGCAAAACCAAGAUCCGGCUUCCCAGCGACCGACUAUCCAUCAGCUCGCUUCGAUGUUGGCUUACAUGGAAAGAAACGGAGACCCCGCCUACUGGUCGAGCAGAGACCCAUCGCGAGGCGACAGACUGUGGGAGGAUUUGACGUCACGACUCAACGGUGUUAAAGGAGGAUGCAGGAGGGACACGGAGGCUUGGCAGGAGAUAUGGUCAGAAUGGAAAGAGCGAGCCAAAACGAAAGCAGAAGCUGAUAAAAGGUUGACUCCGAGCGAAAAACGCAUAAUGGUCGUCAUCCGGCCUCCAAAGAAGAAAAAGAAAAAAAAACAUGCGUGUGAGCAUACCACGGAAUUCGCACAUAUACAACCUACAGAAGAUUUGGAGUUGCAAGAGGCGUACGCGUACCUACAUCAAUUUGAAAUGCCAAUGAAGAUGUAGCUAUAUUGUUAUUUGUUAGCUAGGUUUUAAUAAAAAAUCAAUCAAAAAUUACUGUUUUUAAUUCAAUUCAGUAGACUGGCGUAUAAACCAAUUUUAAUAAUAAAAAGACAGAUAAAGGACAGCUCAAUUUUAAUAUGUACUCAAAAUUAAAAUUAAAAACCUGCAAUU